GAUUCACUCUUUCAUAUGGGAGCGAAUACUUCUGCACUGUUAUCUGAAGAAAUAGAAGAAAUAGCAAAAGAGUCUCAUCUAACAAGCAAGGAAAUAAAGCGUCUAUACAAGCGCUUCCAGAAACUCGAUAGAAACAGUUCUGGAACUAUUGAGAGUGAAGAACUUUAUAUGAUUCCGGAACUUGCAAUGAAUCCUUUGGUUCCACGCAUCGUUUCCAUGUUUGAUGGAGUGAACUUCCGCCAAUUUGUCUCACUUUUGAGUAUUUUUAGUGCCACUUCGCCAAAACAAGAGAAGAUUGACUUUGCUUUUCGAAUAUACGAUGUGGAAAAUGACGGUAUCAUAUCUGUGAACGACCUUGUCGAACUGCUACAAAUGAUGGUUGGUAAUAACUUGGACCAAUCAACUUUGGAAGAGAUUGCAAGGGCUACUAUUCAAGCCUCUGAUAGCAACCAUGAUGAUAAGGUCAGCAAGGAAGAGUUUACUUCAUUGAUUGAGAAAACCGAUAUUGAACAGAGUAUGACGAUUCACUUUUAAAAAUAUUUCAAUUCUUCAAAAAUACUUUGAAUACAAAGUAGGGUGAGUAACAAUCGAGUAUUAUUUUUUGUU